CUGGCUGCACAUGAAGCCCGCCGAGUUACUCCUCCAACUGCAAAGGCACCGCAACAGAGGACAACUAGAGGGGGAAACUUUGGAAUAAGAAGAAGGAAUAAUACCUCUCUCUCUCUCUCUGUAAGACAGGAAGGGAGGAGAAGGAAUACGCACAGAGACUGUUUUAAGUUUGAGGAGCAGAGGACGCAGACCAUGCCGGGCUCUGUGGUGCUGCUGCUGCUGCUCUCCCUGUUGGUCCUCUCCACAAGAAGUGAUGCCAGGAGAAUCAGGAAAAGAGGACUCAACCAUAAGGACUACGAGUACCCCAACCACCCCCAGUCCACACAGCACCAGAAGAACGACCGGUGUCCGCCCCCCCCUCAGAUGCUGCCGGAGCGAGCCUGCGAGGUGCCGGGCUGUCGCUCCGACUCGGAGUGCGAGCGGCACAAGCGUUGCUGCUACAACGGCUGCAUCUAUGCCUGUCUGGAGUCAGUUCAGCCACCACCAGUGCUGGACUGGCUGGUGCAGCCAAAGCCUCGGUGGUUGGGGGGGAACGGCUGGCUGCUCGACGGACCUGAAGAGGUUCUGCAAGCUGAGGCUUGCAGUACGACUGAGGAUGGAGAUGAGCCUCUUCACUGCCCCACAGGCUACGAGUGUCACAUCAUCAACCCGGGAAACCCUGCAGCAGGAAUCCCUAACCGGGGCCAGUGCAUCAAACAACGUGGCAACUCUGAUGGUCGCAGCUUGAGGCACAAAUUCUUUAAGGACUACAAGGACUACUUAGUCACCGGCUCAAACAAUGCAGUAGGCUACGAAAAACAUCAACACAAGCACCUGGGAUGAAUUCAACCAUGACCUCAGCCUCAGCUACGACCAUAACUCAACCUCAGACAUCAGCUCAUCUCCCCCUGGAACCAGGAUCAGAUCUCAAAUUUCCAUUGACCUACAGCUGCUACCUCCUCUCACCUUCAGUGCACAGCCAAAGAAAUAAUUGUGUUUUUGUUUUAUUGUCUCUCUGUAUGGUCGUGAAAGAAAGACGCAAAGGGAUGUAGAUGGUGAAGCAGAGGAAGAGCGAGCAGGGUGUGUGCACAAAAGUGGUUCUCAUCAUAAAUCUCAAAGAAUGUUUGGAAACCUUGCCAUUUUCACAUUUCUUCACGGGCCUCCCUCUCUCCCUCUCCAACCCCUCUUAUUCUCGCACACGGACAAACUUGGACGCUGGUCAGCCGAGAAAAUCGAAACCACAUGGCUCUGUUUCUCAUUCACCGCAGCACGCUAUUCACAUUUUCUGCAAAUCUGGAAGGAUUUCCAAGACAAAUACGAGAAACCGCGGCUGCAGCGGCGGCAUCCGCUGAGUAAAACCCAAAUGUGAACGUGAGAUUCUGUCAAUUCAACGGAAUCAAGUGUGUAUGGACUGUGUCAGAUUUGCAUUGGAAGUGAAUCAAGAGGAAAUAGUUAAUUCAGACAGAUUCUCCACCUACGACGAAAGCCCACAUUUAAAUAAACACACACACGGCGAGUGUUUGGUGCUGAAAAGAUCCGUACUAUAAAAUAUCUGCAGUGCUGAUGGUUAUAGAAGUUACUUAUAUUGUUCAUGUGCACAUCGAUCAGUUUUGUGUCUAUUGCAUUAUUGCAGCAUAAAAAAAAGAGGGUUAUUUUUCAGCAGUUAUUUUUCAAGCUUGACUUUUCUCCACGUCAGUCGUAACUUUGUAAACUCAACUAAAAACGGUGCUCACUUUCGUAACGGAAGAAUAAACAGGUCACAUAUGCAGUGAUAAGCUGUGAACACACGAGCAGAACUAAACUGAUGCUUAAAUGUUGGUGCUGGCCUCGUUUAUUCGGAAUAAACUAUCAUUGUCAACAUUG